CCCUUCCUCCUAAUCCUGGAGAAAGUGUGAGAAGCUGUGAACAUGAUUCGAAUUGCAGCACUGAAUGCGAGUCCCACAAUUGAGGACGACUACGAAGGUACCUUCAAAAGUCAUAAGACACAGACAAAGGAAGCUCAAGAAGCAGAAGCUUUUGCUUUGUACCACAAAGCUUUGGACCUUCAGAAACAUGACCGAUUUGAAGAGUCUGCUAAAGCUUAUCAUGAGCUGCUUGAGAUUCGUCUUCUGCGAGAGGCAGUUCUUUCUGGUGAUGAGAAAGAAGGGCUGAAACAUCCAGGCUUGAUGUUAAAAUAUUCCACCUAUAAAAACCUAGCACAGCUGGCAGCACAACGGGAUGACUUAGAGACAGCCAUGGAGUUUUAUUUGGAGGCUGUAAUGCUAGACUCUACUGAUGUCAGCCUAUGGUAUAAAAUUGGUCGUGUGGCAAUAAAACUAAUCCGCCUACCUUUGGCUCGUCAUGCUUUUGAAGAAGGUCUCAGGUGUAAUCCUGAUCACUGGCCGUGUUUAGAUAACCUUAUCACAAUCCUGUACACACUCACUGACUACACAACAUGUUUGUACUUCAUCUGCAAAGCUCUGGAAAAAGACUGUCUAUAUAGCAAAGGACUUGUUCUGAAGGAGAAGAUAUUCGAGGAGCAGCCUUGCCUCCGUAAAGAUUCCUUAAGGAUGUUCCUCAAAUGUGACAUGUCUAUCCAUAAUGUAAAUGUGAAUGCAGCUGAAACAGGAAGAAUCAUAGAUGAAGCAUUGGAGCUACGCAAGAAAAGACGAGCUUUGCUAGUGCGUGACAGAGAACCAGACCUCAGACUGGUCCAGCCAAUUCCCUUUUUCACGUGGAAGUGUUUAGGAGAAGCUUUACUUGCCAUGUAUCACCACCUCACAACACGUGAUCCUCCUCGACCCAGUCUGGGAAAGAGAAUUGAUCUUUCAGAAUAUCGAGACCCAGUUCAACAGUUGAUUCUUUCUCCUACCUCUACUCAUGUCAGUGUUAUUCAGCCAACUCCUGUCAGCACUAAUCCAGUGGUGACAGUGCCAGAUCCUGUGUUACCUUAUACUCCUACGACACCCAACUUUCCAAGUCACAGUCAGAAUUCAUUGGAACCAGGAGCUGCUGUAGGUGAGCAAGGUGACAUAUCUGCAGGUGAUAAAUCUAAGAAAGGUGUGAAGCGAAGGAGAAUUACAGAAGACAGUGGUGAAACAGCAAAAAGGAGAUCUGCUAGAGUCCGGAACACCAAGUGUAAAAAAGAGGAGAAGGUUGACUUUCAAGAGCUGUUGGUGAAAUUCCUUCCUUCCAGAUUAAGGAAAUUAGAUCCAGAGGAGGAGGAGGACCCUUUCAAUAGCUAUGAGGUACAGUCAGAGAUCAAAGAGGAGAAUUUCCAGCAUGCUGGACCACAUAGAAUGUCAUUUGAUUCUACGACGUUUAUGGAAUCUGAAAAACAGGAUGUUCAUGAAUUCCUGCUGGAUAACCUGAACAAUGGUGGGAUCUUGGAGCUGAUGAUGAGAUACCUAAAAGUCAUCAGCCAGAAGUUCCUAGUGAAGUGGCCUCCUGGCUUGUGUGAGGUGGUCCUUAGUAUCUAUAAUAGCUGGAGAAAGCACAGUAGCAGCCUUCCCAAUCCACUACUGAGGGACUCAAGUAAUCAGCAUAUCAAGGAUAUGAUGUUGAUGAGCGUUUCUUGCAUGGAGCUGCAAUUAGAUCAGUGGCUAAUGACAAAAGGGAAGAGCUCUACAGUUUCUCCACGAAAUUGUCAUGCUGCCUCUGUGAAUGGAAAGUUUGGUCCUGACUUCCCAGGAACCAAUUUCUUGGGAGACCUGUUGCAGCUGUCAUUUGCAUCCUCACAGCGAGAUUUAUUUGAGGAAGGCUGGAUGGAGUUUGUCACUCGGGUGUAUUGGCUGAAAGCUCGCUUUCUAGCACUACAGGGAGACAUGGAACAGGCACUUGAAAACUAUGAUAUCUGCACUGAAAUGCUACAGAGCUCCACUACAAUGCAAGCUAAAGCCGGCAAUGACUGCAGCACCGUAAUACGGUUACCGAACCUACAUGUUGAUUCUGUUGUUUCUUUAGAAGAGAUUGAAAAGAACCUAAAAUCUCUGGAGAGAUGCCAGUCUUUGGAAGAGAUCCAGCGACUGUAUGAGGCAGGGGAUUAUAAUGCAGUGGUGCAUCUGCUUCGUCCAACACUAUGCUUCAAUGGUUAUGGCAGAGCAAAACAUCUGGAGUUUGUAACAUCCAUACCAGAGAGACCAGCACAGCUGCUUCUCCUACAGGACUCCCUGCUCAAACUGAAAGAUUACAAGCAAUGCUUUGAACACUCAGAAGUUGCCUUGAACGAAGCAAUUCAGCAGAUGAUUAAUAUGACAGCAACCUCUGCUAAAGAAGAGUGGGUUGCUACAGUAACACAACUGCUCAAAGGAAUAGAUACUUCAAUAUCAUCGGUCAACAGCAUCCUGAAAGACUCUUCCAUAACACCAAGCCUCAUUCGAUUAACAAACAACCUGAUUCAGAUCAUAGACUGCAGCAUGGCAGUCCAGGAAGAACCAAAAGAACCAUACGUCUCCUCAGUGCUUCCAUGGAUUAUCCUGCACAGGAUCAUCCAGCAUGAGGAAGAUGCUUUUCAAUCCCUUUGCUGCCAGCAGCAGCAGAACCAAGGAGAAGUGUGUCCUGAUACCCCUAUGUUGCCUUCUUCACUCAUGCUGCUGAACACUGCUCAUGAGUAUUUGGGAAGAAGAUCCUGGUGUUGCAAUUCAGAUGGUGCUCUUCUCAAGUUCUAUGUUCAGGUACUACAAAAAGAACUUGCAGCAUCCCCUUCUGAAGAUACUCAUCCAUACAAAGAAGAGCUGGAAACAGCCUUGGAACAGUGUUUUUAUUGUUUAUAUGGAUUCCCUAGCAAAAAAAGCAAGGCAAGGUACCUAGAAGAACAUUCAGUACAGCAGGUUGAUCUAACAUGGGAAGAUGCUUUGUUCAUGUUUGAAUAUUUUAAGCCUAAAACUCUUCCAGAAUUUGAUAGUUACAAAACCAGUACUGUGUCUGCUGAUUUGGCCAACCUUUUAAAGAAGACUGCUACAAUUGUUCCUCGAACAGGCAAGCCUGUCAGCAGCCAAUGUACACUACUCCACUCUGUCAAGGCAAACUCACUUCUAUUCUUCUUGUUGCUUGAUGAGUAUGAAGUGGUGCAUUCCUUCUUCAUCUCUUUUGCAGAGAGGAGUCAGGAUAGCACUGCAGCGGUGCUGUCUGACUCCAGCUCCACUCAGGAUAUAUUUAAUGAGCCUGCCAGUUCUCAAGACAGCCUGAGGAAGACUUACACAGAGAAGAGGAUUUCUACUACCUGUGCUGAUACGCUGUUGCCCAGCAAAGAGACCCUGGGAGCUACAGAGGAGAAGAUUACAGGAAAGUCAGAAGAGGUGCUGGAGACCUCAGAAUCUUACCAUCCUGCUGAGCCUACUGGCCAGAAAAUUCUGAUGGAGCCUCUGUCUGCUUCUGGCAAUCUCAUCAAAGCUGCAAUCUCCCCACCCUCACAGGGGGACUGCAAAAAGAAAACGGAGCCUUGUGGAGAUGCACCUGAAUUUCCUCAUGGUCUUCCAGCAGACCUCGAGGAACAGCGGAAGUUCCUGACAGAGCAGUGUAUUGCCUCCUUUUGUUUGUGUCUCAGCCGCUUUCCCCAGCACUACAAAAGCCUCUACAGAUUGGCAUAUCUGUACACGUACAGCAAAACACACAAGGUGAGCAGACCACUGGUACAGUAGCUGACUAGCUGUGUUUAUGGCCCAGGUAAACAA